CUCAGGUUAUGACCUCUGACAUGAGGUUAGGGUGCAGUACGUGACACUCGUACACUUACAAGACCGGAAGCAUCAACAGUAUUCCGUCCUUCGUAGGCUUCCAAAGCGCCCUAAUGAGAAGUAGGGCUGACUGACCGCGCUUUUCUAUUUCGGAGGAAACAUUUGACCUUCCUGAUGGCGACUCCCAUCCCGGCGGCGGGCACACUCACCUCGUCACCCGGCCCGGAGCUCCUGCUCGCCCGCCCACCAGACACAGCAGAGACGGACGUCGGCCUAACGCCAUAGCGCCACUGUGUUUCUAGUAAACUCGUCCCGGCGCUGCUAACUAUCCACCUCUGGUAUUGCCGCCACAGUGGGGCCGCCAUGUUCGCCCAGUCGCGUGCGGCAGCGGGACCCGGAAGAGGAAGUUAGCUAGUGACGUAUUCUCGUAACUUGCAUCUGUCUCGGAAAUUAUGCUUGUGUGCUGGGCUUUUCCUAUUGAUGAAGUCCAGGGGAAUUCAGUCCGCACUGUGAAGAACUGCGUCUUCUCUGAAUCCAUUCCGACUCCCCUGAAAGGCCCAUUAAGAUUGGCUGCGGUUUCAAAGGCUGUCAUAGAAGGACUCUUAGAUUUGGACAUGGCUACGGUCCAGUCAGAGAGGUUUCUACAAUAUGUCAGUGGAGGAAGACGUCUACCAGAGUCUCAGCCUCUGACACAUCGAUAUGGAGGCCAUCAGUUUGGGUAUUGGGCAGGUCAGCUAGGAGACGGACGAGCACAUCUCCUUGGUCAGUAUACCAACAGGAAAGGAGACACAUGGGAACUGCAGCUGAAAGGUUCUGGAAAGACACCGUAUUCGAGGUCUGGAGACGGCCGAGCGGUGGUUCGCUCAUCGCUUAGAGAGUUCCUUGGCAGCGAGGCCAUGCACUUUCUCGGUGUGCCUACCAGCAGAGCUGCCUGUUUAGUUGUCAGUGAAGAGCCAGUGUUGAGGGAUAAGUUCUAUGACGGCAAUGUGAAAACAGAAAGAGGAGCUGUCGUACUGCGCUUAGCCAAGUCCUGGUUCCGGAUUGGCUCGUUGGAGAUUUUGUCUCAAAGCAAAGAGCUUGAUCUUCUCAGACAGCUGCUCAAUUUUGUCAUAGAAGAGCACUUUCCUUCCAUCCAGAAAAACGACCCUGAUAAAUAUUUGGCAUUUUAUUCCCGAGUGGUGAACGACACAGCACAUCUAAUAGCUCAGUGGAUGUCUGUCGGCUUUGCUCACGGCGUGUGCAACACGGACAACUUCAGCCUCCUGUCCAUCACCAUCGACUACGGUCCCUUUGGCUUCAUGGAGUCUUACAACCCUGGUUUUGUCCCCAACACGUCGGACGACGAAGGAAGGUACAGCGUUGGAGAGCAGGCUAGUGUGGGCCUCUUCAACCUGGAGAAGCUGCUGGAUGCUCUGAGGCCGAUUCUCACAGCCGGACAACAAAAAGCGGCGGAGACCGUCUUAAAGGGAUAUGUUGACAUCUACAAGACAAGGAUUCAUCAUUUAUUCAAAGCCAAACUGGGACUCCUCGGUGACGAUGUGGAAGAUGAUUACAUUAUUGCCUUCCUACUUAAGGUGAUGGAGGACACGCAGGCUGACUUCACGAUGGUCUUCAGACAGCUGAGUGAGGCUUCAGCGCUUCAGCUCCACAACCACAACUUCACACAGGCGUGGGCUCUGGAGGACUUGUCAUCACUUGGAUUCUUCUCUGACUGGCUGAGUGUGUACCUACAGCGCCUCCACAGGCAAGUGCGUGACAAAGAUGUGCAGCGUCAAGCGAGGAUGAAAGGCGUGAACCCACGAUAUGUGCUGAGGAACUGGAUGGCAGAGUCAGCCAUCAGGAAAGCAGAGAGGAAUGAUUUUUCAGAGGUGGAGCUGCUUCACCAUAUCCUUUCAUCUCCGUUCAUCAUUCAAAGCUCAGCAGAGGCUGCAGGCUAUGCAGGGAGACCUCCUAAGUGGGCCCAGACGUUAAAGGUCAGCUGCUCUUCGUGAGUGGUCUCCCCUAAGCGCCAACUUGCCAAAAACCCAUGACCACCUUCUUCUCUGCGACUUUGUAGUUGUCAUACAAAGAGGUGCCGUACUGGAAGGAAUGGAGAGACACAAAUAUGUUGUUGCCUAUUACACACGGUGAGGAGAAUAAUAAUCACAAUACCUUUGCGACACGUAUUCCAGUCACCCAGAGGUUCAUGGUCCAAGCGUCGUCACAGCACAUGUAUUUGAUGUACUCAGAGUCCUUCUGGAUUUGAGGAUGCUAAAGAGACACAUGAUCAUUGUGUUUGUUUGGUCAGUACAUAAGGGACUAACAGUAUGACUAGCAGCCACAAAGGGGCAGUCUGCCCCAUAAACCAAAGGAACAAUUUAAGCAGAGACUUUUUGAAAAGACAAACCAUUGAUGCACCAUUGAUUAUUUUCAUUUCCAACAUAUUGUUACGUUUACGAGUUAAAUAAUGAAGCCAUCCAGUUUGACAGGUGACAUGUUUCAAAAAAACAGUUGUAAUAACUUCAAGAGGAAGCUGUUGCUAUUUUUAAAAAUAUAUACAAUUUAGUCCCAUUUUACAUUCAUAUCAUUGAUUAUACUUUUUAUACAGCGUUUAUGACAUAUUUAACAAUAAAGAUGAAUAUUGACCUGUUUGUUACUUUUCACUUCUGCCACCUUUUAGGAAAUCUAUAAUUUCAAUAGGAAGUGUCACUUUUCACUUCUCUUUUCACAUACUUCUACAAAAAUGUAUAAUUUUUUCACAUCAUAUAGUACCAACUCAAAUUAUGUAAUUUCCUUUGACAAGAUGUACAAAGUACCGUAUUUUUCGGAGUAUCAGUCGCACCGGCCGAAUAUGCAUAAUAAAGAAGGGAAAAAACAUAUAUAAGUCGCACUGGAGUCGCAUUUUUGGGGGACAUUUAUUUGAUAAAACCCAACACCAAGAAUAGACAUUUGAAAGGCAAUUUAAAAAUAAAUAAAGAAUAGUGAACAGGCUGAAUAAGUGUACGUUAUAUGAGGCAUAAAUAACCAACUGAGAACGUGCCUGGUAUGUUAACGUAACAUAUUAUGGUAAGAGUCAUUCAAAUAACUAUAACAUAUAGAACAUGCUAUACGUUUACCAAACAAUCUGUCACUCCUAAUCGCUAAAUCCCAUGAAAUCUUAUACGUCUAGUCUCUUACGUGAAUGAGCUAAAUAAUAUUAUUUGAUAUUUUACGGUAAUGUGUUAAUUUCACACAUAAGUCGCUCCUGAGUAUAAGUCGCACUCCCGGCCAAACUGAAAAAAACUGCGACUUAUAGUCUGAAAAAUACGGUAUAUGCAUGUAUGCAUGUGUAUAUAUACACACACUCAUUUGAUGUUAGUCAAGAUAUUUUUGUGCAGUCGUUGUUUUUAUUAUCGCCGUUUGAAUUGUAUUUAACAACAAUGUGAGUCAGUAAAGCCUUAACUGGAGCCAAGUUUGGUUUUAAUGGUUUGAUUUAAAAAUGUUGACUUACUUUGAGUACAAAGCAGAAGUCUGUAGGUGAUUUGUAUUUGGCCCUGAAGUCUUUGCCGUAGUACACGUUGAUGUUGUCAAACUGCACAAAGCAGACCAGAUCACGCGAAGACUGAAAGAAAAUGAGUUUAUUCAGACUUGGCAGUACACAAAACAAAACAAAACAUGUCACUAACGCUGACCUUUGUCUUGCCUUUGGGUACGUAAUAAAUCCCAGAGGCUCUUAGCUGGAAAAGACGCUGCUUCCACGACUUUUUGCCGUCUUCUUUGAGGUGAAGAACCCCCUCCAGGUCGGGCACGAUGAUAGACGUCCCGCAGAAGUUCUCCUGUGUGGUCACAGGAGUUUAAAACGGGGCAGGAGGGUGAAAACAAAACACUUUUCUGUUGGAAUCACCUUUAUCAAGAUCUCUUUGUCUUUGUUUUUCAUGUCUUUUAUGGUCUUCUUGUCCUUCUUCCACAAGUAGAACAUCUGCAGGAGGAAAACUGAAGAUUAUGUUAUGUCAAAGGUUAAAACUAUUUAAAAAUAUGCAACGUACAUAUUGUAUGUAAAAUCUUAAUAGUAAAAAAAAAAACAUCCUUACAGAAUCCAUUAAAUACGUCAAUAAUA